AUGGAUAGCAUGGGUGAUAUGGACGGUGCUGCUUUGCCGCUGUUAGGCAAAAGCAGGCUUUUGGGAAUGGGCACCACCAUGGUGGAACUGAUGAUGCCAAACGUUUACACGGAACGCAUCGAAGGAUUCAUCAAAUAUAUACCCGAAGACUUCGUGGUCAAUGAAAUAGAUCCUAAUGGUCGCAUCGUGGUUGCAAGGCGCACAGCGCAUACAGAGGUCGCAAAGAUGGCACUAGAGCACGAACGCAACCGCACCUCAGGGGAAAUGUUCCUGAAACUGCGUAAAGCUGGCAACGUCAUGGGCACCAUGAAGUAUCCGUCUAAUAUAUUUACAGAGGAUGAUGGCAGGUGCAUAGAUGCGUUGCUUGAUGAUCUCAUAGUGCGCAUGAGCGAGGAGCAAUCGACAGGCAUUUCGAUGAAGAACCCGCCUUUCUGCCUAUUGGUAUUACAGGAAAAUGAGAAUGCUAAAGAAUUGCGUACAUUGGCACACACAUUUAUAAGAGAGAAUUUGCCAUUUUUGGACUCUGAAGCUCGCCCGCUGAACAAAAUAGGCAAUGAAAAAAAUCUGGUCAAUGUCGGCAACAGCUUUAGCGCUGAUGAAGCAUCAAACAGUUCCAAACUUGUUAUAAAGGUGUUCCCCAGACCCGAUUGUAUUCGUUUUGUUCAGCGUGCUCGGGGGAGCGCGACAGAUACUGCGGAUGAAGUGCUGAAGGAUAUGCCAACAUCUGGGAUGCCAACGUUGAAGGGUGUUGUAAAGCACUUAGAUCUCACCGAGUAUGACAAAAUCCCUGGGGAUUUUAAGGAGAGACAAAAGAUGAAACAGUACCUACACUUCAACAUUCAGAAAAGGGAUCGAAGCACGCACGAGAUCACCCACAUGCUGUGCCGGACGAUGCACAGAUCAUCGUACGAUAUUUUCACUGCCGGUAAUAAGGACAGGCGGGCAAUCACAACACAGCGGUUCUGUAUGAGGCGCGCCAAAAUCGAAGAUUUCGUUGCUGCCAUGGCUCAUCCCAAGUGGUUGGAUACCGUGGUGGUGGCGGAUUUCCGUUACAGCGAUGAGCGCAUAAGACUGGGAGACCUUCGGGGUAAUUCAUUCUGGGUAACUAUACGUGGUGUAUCAGACGUUCAACAGGCUCUGCUGAACCUUGAGUCGUUGCGUUUCAAUGGAUUUCUCAACUACUUUGGCCUGCAGAGGUUCGGUAGCAUGACGGUAGGAACCCACAUGGUCGGCGCGGCAAUGCUGAGGCGCGAUUACGAAGAUGUAGCGAGGCUUAUCAUCAACAAUGAAUCUGCUAUGGAGAGAUAUCUGAGUAAGAGGGCCGAAAGUACUGCUGGUGGCGAGGGGGCAAACACGGAGGAGGGAUCGUCUGAGAACCUGAUCGAAGAACCGAACCAGGAUGCGGAAUCACUGCAGAUGCCAACACAUGGAAAGCACACAGGAAAGAGGCGCAGAGGGAGAAAUGUUAAAGGCAACGCCGCAGAAAGUGAGGGCGGGGGAAAUAAAUACCCGGUACAUUCUGAUGACCACCGUACAAAUGGUGUCCAGGCUGAGGGCGUUGAAGGCAAUGAAGAAUUUGGAGCAGACCGGCAGGCUUCAGAUGAAAUUCUGGCGUCAUCUUCUGAAAUGGGUGCAUCCCAUGAGGCAGAUGCACUGAUGAAGCCAACAUCACACCACUCCUUCAUCGAGCGAGAACUCAUGAAUGGCAUGGAGAGGAACAAGCCUAUAGAAGAGGUGCUGAAGCGCAUCCCUACAAAUGUGCUUAGCAUAUAUGUGCAUGCGGCACAGAGUCUGGUGUUUAACCACGUGCUAACGGAACGCCUAAAGAAAUACGGGACAAAACCAGUGCCGGGUGAUUUCAUAAUCAGGUCAUCUCAACUUCCGUUGACAACCAGCGUAGAGGGUGAGAGCUCGGAAACGGGAACCGAAAAGUCCGACUCACCUGCUGCAUCUUUCGGCGAUGUGCAACCUCAGGCCUAUGUGGUCUGUCAAGACGACACGGACAAGUGGUCACUUUACGACGUCGUGCUACCGCUGCCAGGUGACAAUGUGGACUACCCGGAGUUCUUAAGGCCGGUGUACCAACGUGUUGUAAGUGAACAGUUUGGGAUGUCGCUCGACAUGUUUGCUACCGUUAUUGGCAACCUCCCUCCGCAAUUCAAAGGUAGAGAACGCUGCUUAGUUGGAGUUGGUGGUGGUUACAGGCACAUAGUGGCUCGGGCUCACGGUCUGCAGUACCACGUGGUGCCAGAGCAGUCACCAAACGGCGGCACACUCAAGCAAGGCCUAUCGCCAUACGUAUGCCUCCGAAACCAACUCAAACAAGCUGUUGCGGCUCAGUGCCCCUUGCAGAACCAAGAUAUAUUGUUCAACGGAGAUUCACAUGCGGACUACACGAACCAAAAACUGGCAACACGCAGCACUCUGGUGGUGAGCUGCGCCCUGCCUAAAUCGUGCUACCUGACGUGUGCUCUGCGCGAGGUCCUCUCUGACGAGUCCUUAGAGCGCCAAUAUAUCGGUUGA